CACACACUCUCUCCCUUCCUGGCCGAGCAGCUUCCACUCUCUCUCUGCACUGGAUGUUAAAGCGGGGCUCGGUCCGGUGGGGCUGAGAACUCAAAUAUUCGCUGCCAGGGACAGUUAUUUAAAGAAAGGAACGAAAAAAGUGUGAGGUGCAAACAGUCCAAGGAGGUGGAAGCUAGGAGAGGCCAGCCUUCAUCUGUCUUCCUCCCGGGGCUUGCAGGUUUUGGGACUUGGACCCUCGUGGGGCGGCUGGCGCUCCGGGGGCUCUGUUUCUCCGGGGGGCGCUCUUGACGGACCGCACCGCGCACCUGCAUUACAGGACCAUGGACUACCUCCUGCGGAUUUUACUGCUGCUGUGCGGGCUGGCCCUGCCUAUGAGCCAGGGCUCCCAAGAGCCCAAGCGCAACGUCCCCAGACUCAAGCUCUCCUUCAAAGAGAUGUUGGAAUCCAACAAUCUAAUUACGUUUAAUGGCCUGGCUAACAGCUCCAGUUAUCACACCUUCCUGCUGGAUGAAGAGAGGGGCAGACUGCUGGUGGGAGCCAAGGACCACAUCUUCUCCUUUAAUCUUGUCAACAUCAACAAGGACUACCUGAAGAUUGCAUGGCCUGCAACCCCUUCACGACGGGAUGAGUGCAAAUGGGCUGGGAAGGACAUUACGAAAGAAUGCUCCAAUUUUAUUAAGGUGCUCCAGCCCUUUAACCAGACUCACCUGUAUGUGUGUGGGACUGGGGCUUUCCAUCCUAUAUGCGCCUAUGCCGAAGUCGGAAAGCGCCAGGAGGACAACAUCUUCAGGCUGGAGAUGUCACACUUUGAAAAUGGUCGUGGGAAGAGCCCUUAUGACCCCAAGAUGCAGACUGCGUCUCUCCUGAUUGAUGGAGAGCUGUACUCGGGGACAUCGGCAGACUUCAUGGGACGGGACUUUGCUGUUUUCCGCACAUUGGGCCCACACCACCCGAUCCGGACAGAACAACACGAUUCACGAUGGCUCAACGACCCUCGGUUUGUUGGCGUGCACCUGAUCCCAGAAAGCGACAACCCUGAGGAUGACAAGAUCUACAUGUUCUUCCGCGAGAGUGCCAUGGAUGGGGAACACACUGGACGGGCCACACAUGCCCGAAUUGGGCAGCUUUGCAAGAAUGACUACGGGGGUCACAGAAGCUUGGUGAACAAAUGGACCACAUUCCUGAAAGCCCGGUUAAUAUGUUCUGUGCCAGGAACCAACGGCAUUGACACACACUUUGACGAGCUGCAGGAUGUCUUCCUAAUGAGCUCAAAAGACCCAAAGAAUCCAGUAAUAUAUGCUGUAUUUACGACAUCCAGUAACAUUUUCAAGGGGUCAGCGGUAUGUAUGUACAGCAUGGCUGACGUGAGGAGAGUCUUCCUUGGGCCAUAUGCUCACAGAGAUGGACCCAACUACCAGUGGGUGCCCUUCCUGGGGAGAGUGCCAUACCCACGUCCAGGGACUUGCCCGAGCAGAACGUUCGGCGGAUUUGAUUCUACGAAGGACCUUCCCGAUGACGUCAUCACUUUUGCACGAGGCCAUCCUGCCAUGUACAAUGCUGUACACCCCAUCAACAACCGACCCAUCAUCAUCAAGACAGAUGUGGACUACCAGUUCACCCAGAUAGUCGUGGACAGAGUGGAUGCUGAGGAUGGCCAGUAUGACGUCAUGUUCAUUGGCACAGACGUUGGGACUGUUCUGAAGGUGGUAUCCAUUCCCAGAGAGACCUGGCACGACCUGGAGGAAGUGCUGCUGGAGGAGAUGACAGUUUUUUGGGAACCAACUCCCAUUACAGCCAUGGACAUCUCAACGAAGCAGCAACAACUGUACCUCGGCUCCUCCAUCGGCGUUUCGCAGAUGCCCCUACACCGCUGCGAGGUGUACGGGAAGGCAUGUGCCGAGUGCUGCUUGGCUCGGGACCCCUAUUGCGCCUGGGAUGGCACCGAGUGCUCCCGCUAUUUUCCCACUGCCAAGAGGCGAACAAGGCGUCAGGAUAUUAGAAAUGGGGAUCCUCUGACCCAGUGCUCUGAUUUACAGCACCAUGACGACCUGUAUGGCAAAGGCUCUCUGGAGGAUAAAAUCACCUAUGGGGUGGAGAACAGCAGCACGUUUCUGGAGUGCAGCCCCAAGUCUCAGCGUGCGCUCAUAUACUGGCAGUUUCAGAGGCAAAACGAAGAGCGCAAACAUGAGAUCAAGUCGGAGGAGCGUUUUGUCAGGACAGAGCAGGGCAUCCUUAUCCGGAACCUCCAUAAGAAGGACUCGGGUAUCUACUACUGCCACGCCGUGGAGCACGGCUUCGUCCAGACCCUACUGCGGGUUUCCCUGGAGGUCAUUGACAUGGAACGCCUCGAAGACCUGCUCCACACGGAAUCGGGUGGCACCGGGGGCGGAUCCAAGGGUCCUCCAGGCCACCUGCCCAGCCAGAAGAUGUGGUACAGGGACUUCAUGUCCCUCAUCAGCCAUCCAAAUCUGAACAGCGUGGAGGAGUUCUGCGAGCAGGCAUGGCGUCGUGGGCGUAAGCAGCGCCGGCAGAAGGUCCCCAGCAGCCCACCGCAGCCGAACAAGUGGAAGCACCUGCAGGAGAACAAGAAGGGCCGCAACCGGAGGACCCACGGGCUGGAGAGGCCACCGAGAAGCGUCUGAGAUAGACUCCGUAGACCCUUCCCAAUGAAACUAAGACGCUCAACUGGAAAGUAAGGCAAUAUGCUCCAGAAGUUAAGCCGACGCUUUGGCGGAGAUGUUUACAGUGGUUUGGUGGACAGCACACAGUACAGUGGCAAUGCUGCCCAUUCCUGCUCCAGGCCCUGGGACUAGCGGUCUGCCUUAAGGACGGUGGAAGCCAGUGCAGUAGACAUGGGACUUCCUGUAAAUACUCAACAGCGAGGACUGUGUGACAUGGUGUCGAGUUUUUAGUUUGGUUCUGUUCAUUGUAGGGAUGUUUUUCAGCGAUUCCCAUUUCCGAGGUAGGUGCAAACCUUGAAAACCUCCACUGUGGUGAUUAAAAAAAAAAACAAACAAACAAACAAAACAAAAAAAAAGAACAAACAAGAAAAUGGGACUUGCUCCAAUACACAUUGACCUGAAGAUGGUUUUGUGUGAGGUUGUACCUCGUGUAACUGUUUUUGCAUACUCUAGACUUUCGUUGAAAUACCAACAAAAGCUAUUCCACAGCUGCUGUCUCCAUGGAGAUCCAUCAUCUCCGAACAAUUUGAUUUCUGAAAUUCAUCCCUCCCCAGGAAGUAGGGCCCUGACUGUAACAUCUGUAUAUAGAAAUGAACAGAGUACUUUUAAAAGUGGCACAUUCUGACCAAUAAUAUAUUUGGAUAACCUGUGAUCAUUAUUAUUUAUGAUUAUAACAUGUUCUGUAUGUGUUCUUCCAUCUACUUGCAGCACCAUAAGCAACGCUGAUGUUAACAUUUGGUCAAGUUGUAAUUUCUCAUAAAUAUUAGGGUAGCAAAGGAAAUUAGGAAGUCUCUGUUUCUCUGAAUAAAUUCUUCCAAGUAAGAUGCUUAUAAAUGUGUUCCAGAAAGACUAUUUUGCACACCUUUUUCAUCCACAGAAAUAUACAUACAUUUCUAAAAGUCAAAAAGUAUCUGCGGUGGUGGUCCUUCAAGAGUUAAAUCAUUAUUGCGGACACUUUUUGACUUUACCUCGUAUAUAUCUGGAUUUAUUUAAUUCUUUUUUUGCAGUGCAACCUUGCGUUUGCUCCUACACUACGGCAUCUUAUGUCGAGAACGUGUCUGUGAUCCAGGGGGUGUGCGGUGGUGCAGUGGUGCAGUGGGUUGGGCCAGGUCCUGCU